AUGGUCACAAUUAUUUACUAUUUCUUACAAAAAGAAAAAACAUCCAACAACGGUGCCGAAGUGUUAAACAAAAAAAAUAAUGAUUCCGUUUGUAAUGGACAACAACUACAGGAAAGCUCCGCAAAUCCGGAUCACGGAAAAAAUGGUGAAAAAAAUUCCAAAAUAAUAAUCUAUUAUUGCGAUGAAUAUCUAGCCAUCCGUAAUGAACAAAAUAGUUUUUUCAUUUGUCGUGCACAACAUAAUAUCUAUCAAAAUGGUAGAAAAAUUCGUAUAAAAUGGUUUAGUAAUGAUCAAGAUCCAAAUAUUUAUCGACCAGAUUUUGAUGAUUAUAUUGAUUUUGAAUGUAUUCUAACAAACCUAUCGGUAAAACGUGAACGUGAUGGUGUUUCACUGCCCGAAUCGGAAAAAAAUCGUGCACUAAAUAUACUUCGACGUGCACUUGAUGUUGAAAAAGGAAUCAAUUCACCACCAGAUCCACGUAAAGUUCUUAGUGAUGGUAUGGAUAUUUCAAUUAUUGGUAAAGUUAAAGAAGAAGAUGUUUUAUCUAAAAUCAAACAAGAUCAUCAUAAUGGUGGUGGAAUUAAAAAGAAAACCAAAUCAACAAAGCCAUCAGCGACGGCGAUUGUGGAUGAUAAUCCGGCAAAAAAUAAUGGAACAUCGACGUCGACGAACGAUGAUGAAAACAUUCGAACACCAACCAUAUCGAAUGAUUCAAAACAAAAACGUUCGAAAAAAGCAAAAAUUGAAGUGAAAAACGAAAAACUGAAUGAAACUUCUUUGCCAUCACCGACCAUAUCAACAUCGAAAAAUACCAUUUCGAAUGCAACAGAUCAAAAUGAUAAAAUUCAACUGCCAAUCAUCAAAUCAUCAUUAUCAUUAUCAUCAACACAUCAGAAUUCAAAAUUAUUAAUCCAAGCUAUCCAAACAGAUGAUUAUGAAUUUUUGGAAAAACUCACCGGUCAACAAAAAAACCCAGAUUUAAAUCUUUAUUCAAUAUCUAAACCUUGUUCAAUAUCGAAUAGAAAAAAUGCAAUACAUUUAGCAAUCGAACGAGAAGAUUUAAAAUCAUUACGUUUAUUGAUGGAAAUUGAAAAAAAUAUCAAAGAUGAUUUCAAUUAUCAAUUGCCAAACGAUUCAAUCGAAUUGGAUCAUUGUGAAUUAAUAAUCGAUAGAAUCGAUUAUGAAAAAUGUAAACAUUGUCAAUUUCCUCUCGAUAAAUCUUAUGUUCGAUUCGGUUUGAAACAAAAUGUUAAAUUUAAUUUUAUUGAAAAAAUUUUACCAUUUUGUAAGAAUAGUGAUAAUCUUUUAGAAAUUUUUGAUGAUAAUAUCAUUUUAACCGGGUUAAAAUGUGGAAAUUAUGAACAAAUAAUUUUAUUGAUUGAAAAAAUUUGCCAAACAACCACCAAUGCUGCCAGUCGAAAUUUUCAAAAAUUUCUUCAAAUUUUAAAUUCCAGCAAAGAAGAAAAUGAUCAAAAAUCGUUAGAAGAAGAAUAUUUGAUCAAUGAACAACUUCAACUUUAUCCUAUUCAUAUUGCUGCAAUUAAUCCAGAUCCAUUCAUAUUUUAUCAUUUAACCAAUAUACGCCCGGAUCAAAUCUAUCAAAAUGAUUGCCAACAAUGGAUGCCAAUACAUUAUGCUUCUGUUUGCCAAACAUUUUUCAAUCUAAAACAUUUGCUCAAUCUAGGUGUAUCAGCACGUCAAUGUGAUUGGAAAGGAAAUACCCCGUUACAUUUAGCUACAAAAUAUAAUCGAAUUCAAAAUGUUAAUCUUAUUAUACAAUAUGAAUCAUCACAAUGUAACAUUAUCCCAUCAUUAUUUCAAACAUAUAAUCGAAAAGGAUUGACAGCAUUUCAUUUAGCAUGUAAAAAAGGUUUUAUCGAAAUCGUUCGGUUAUUUAUUGAAAAUCGUAUUCAAAUUGACUUUGCAACAUCGAAUUAUUCGGGUGAAUUAACAUCAUUAAUGUUGGCAACAAAAUUUGGUCAUUUGGAAAUUGUACGGCUGUUGGUCGAACAUGGAGCUACAAUCAAUAUUUAUGAUAAAAAGAAUCGUAGCGCUUUAACUUAUGCUGUGAUAAAUGGACAUUCAAAUAUUGUCGGCUAUUUUCUUGAAAUUGGUGCCAAUCCAGCCAAUAAAGAUUUAUUUGGAAAUAAUCUAUUUCAUUAUGCUCUUGCAUAUGAUUGGCAUUCAUGUUUUGAAUUAUUAUUGAAAACAAAUAUUAAUCUUAAAGAUACAAAUAUUUUCGGCCUAACACCAAUAUAUGCUGCAUAUUGGAAACAACAUUUAGGUUUUAUACAUUAUAUUCUGGAACGGAAUAUUCUCAAUGUUAAUGUCCCUAUUAAUGACACGGGAAUUAAUUUGACAAUGUUGGCCUGUUCAAUGAUUCGACCAGGAAGAACUGUUGAACAUUUAAAAAUGUUUGUAGAAAAAUUUAAAUGUGAUUUAACGAAAACUGAUUAUGAAGGAAAUAAUUCGUUACAUUAUCUAUUGAAAUGUGAAGCUAAAUAUCGAAAUUCAAGUCCAACUGUGAUAAAUGAAAUACAAAAUUCAUUAAAUAUUUUACUACGAAAUGGUUUUUCCUGUAAAUAA